AUGCCUUCGGGGAUCUCGACUCCGGCGUCGUCAACGGCAACCCUUUCUGCUCCUGGGUCGCCUAGACAGAAGGCAAAAAUCGACGUGCAACAAGCGGUCAAGAACGCGCUCAUAUCUGCGUCGACCGCAGUCGAAUUCAUCGCGUCCAGGACGAGCUCCAGCUCCUCUGUCUUCAUCUACGAUGUAGCCGAAAAUGUCGGGUUCGGCGCAUUUACAAAGGAGUGGGCAGGGUCAUCGGAGGACGUCGCGUCCGUUGUCAGUCUGCAAACGCGUGCGGGAGCGGGAUUAAGCCUGGUAGGCAGACUGUCCCAAGGAACGAGCAAGGAUUCUGCCAACGGUGCAGUCCUCACAGCUUACACGACGCCAUCUGGACUUGCUAUGAUGGUCCAGUCACUCACCUACCUUCCCCCGUCUACCCCCAGCAGCAGGCUCACCAUUCAAGUUCCUGCUGUGACCGCAGUUGGCGAAAGCUUUGCGCUAUCGCCGACCCUGGCGCCUUUUACACCUGUACUGGCGAUCCUCCCGGAGAACUUUACUGUCCUCCUCUCAGCGACCCCACGCGAGACCAUUGACUUCGCCGCACUCGCCUACAAGUUGACCGACACUCAUGUUAUCCACCUAUUCGACCACCAUGGCGCGGCACGCGAGAGCGGUCACACUAUCGUGCCUGCCCUUCCCGUGCAGGAGCCUGGCUUGACUGCGAAGGACGGACUGAAGAAGGCCGGCUACGACGCCUUCGAGUACGCCGGUGACAAGGGCGCAAACACCGUGGUCGUACUUCUGAAUGGCCCGCUUGCGCUAGUGGCGAAGGCUGUUGCUGCGAAGGCGGUUGGACUGGGUGUCGUCGUGGUGAAGAUGCUUCGCCCAUGGGACGAAGAGGCGUUGCGCGAGGUCGUACCGUCCACCGCGAAGAUCAUUCAUGUCUUUGACGACGUUCCUGCAGAGACCACUCAGGGAUCGUUGUACAUGGAUGUUUUCGCCUCCGUGCUCGACCCGCUUAGCCCUGGUCCCACUGUCAAGUCGCAUCGCAUCGUGCCUGCACGCACGCAAGAGUUCCUCGACAGACCCUCCGUCUUCACUUCCUAUCUAUGCGGAUUCGUUCCGGCGGCAGUCCCCGCGUUCAUCGACGUCCCGAACACGAAGAAGGUCCUUUUCUUCAGCACGCCGGGGUCACCUCUCGCUUCCCUGGCACGUUCGGUGGAGCAAACGUUCGUCUCGUUCAAUUCAAUCUCGGCCCGCCUUCUUAGGGACCACGACGUGUGCUCGAAACCUGGCGGCCUCACCGCAGACAGGCUCGUCUUCUCUCCCAAGGAUGAGAACGCCGCGUUCACUCCUACCUCAGUGGCGUUGCCUCUUACGCCCGAUAGCACGGGAGAGGCUGACUUCGUAGCUGUUCUCGACCAAGGCUUGUUGAAAUCUCAUGAAGUUAUCGCACACGCCGCCCCGGGCUCUCCGGUGCUGAUCGCCACCACCUGGAGUGCAUCCGAGCUGCUUUCGAAUCUUCCUGCCUCAGUCGUCUCGUGCAUCCACGAGAGGAACCUCCACAUCUACAUCACCAACCCCGUCGGCCAUGCCGAGGAAGUGACGGGCGGUGGCGCCUCCGAGGCCUUGCAGGAUAUCCUGCUGCAAAUCGCGUUCCUGCGGCUGUACCUCGGACAGGCUGCGCGCGAGGAAGUCGUCAUCAGGCUCGUGCGCAAGGCCGUCGGCGAUAAAGUGCAAGAUGUGCCGCUCGAGCAGAUUGUGGAAAUCGCCUGGAACGGGCUCGUCGAACUCGAGAUCCCUGCGCCCCAGGAGGUUCCCGCGGAAGACGCAGCGAAGGAGAAGCCACUGAAACACUUCACCUUCAACGCUAUCUCCGUCGAGACCUCCGAAGGCGAGACGGUCGUGAAUGGUGCCCGGCUUGGGUCGUGGCAUGACGCAGCCAAGCACAUCAUAUUCCCAUCGGCCUUCACGCCCCAGGACGCCCAGGUUCCAUCCGAGGACGAGUACGCCCAGAACCCCGCCCUGCGACCCGAGGUGCCCGACCGGACGUACCUCGUCACCUGCACGGUCAACCUCCGCCUGACACCGCUCGACUACGACCGCAAUGUCUUCCACCUCGAGUUCGACACGCGCGGGACCGGGCUGAAGUACGAGAUCGGCGAGGCGCUCGGCGUGCAUGGGUGGAACGACGUGGACGACGUGGAUGACUUCUGCAGCUGGUACGGCGCCGACCCAAAUAAGCUCGUCACCAUCCCCGUCCCGAACACGGACGGCACGCGCAUGCACACUCGCACGGUCUUCCAGGCGCUCCAGCAGCAGGUAGACUUGUUUGGGAAGCCUGGCAAGACGUUCUAUACCGAGCUUGCCGAGUACGCUACGAACAAGGCGGAUCAGUACGCGCUGAGGUUCAUUGGGAGCCCUGAGGGUAGCGCAACGUUCAAGAAGUUGACUGAGAAGGACACGGUGACGUUCGCGGAUAUCCUGAGGAGAUACGAGACCGCACGCCCCGGGGUUGAAGUCCUCUGCGAGCUCGUCGGCGACAUCAAGCCGAGACACUAUAGUAUUGCGAGUGCGCAGACUGUCGUCGGUGACCAAGUUGAUCUCUUGGUCGUCAGCGUUGACUGGGUCACGCCAAGUGGCACUCCUCGUUACGGCCAGUGCACGAGGUACCUUGCCGGCCUGAAGCCCGGGCAGAAGCUACCACCCGACAACAUGCAGCCGAUCAUCAUGGCUGGGCUGGGCACAGGUGCUGCUCCUUUCCGUGCCUUCCUGCAGCACAGAGCCUGGCUCAAGUCGCAGUCGGUCCCCGUCGGUCCCACGUACUACUACUUCGGUUCCCGCCAUCGCUCCCAAGAAUACCUGUACGGCGAGGAGCUCGAGGCCUUCAUAGAUGACGGGAUCAUUACCAGGGCUGGACUGGCAUUCUCUCGUGACGGCCCGCGCAAGAAGGGCGCCUUCUACUUGUGCGGACCGACAUGGCCCGUCCCAGAUGUCUACGAGGCAUUAGUCGAGGCGUUGAUGAGACAUACUGGACAAGAUGCCGUGCAAGCAGGUGAUUUCUUGGAAGGCUUGAAGGAGGAGGAGCGGUACGUGCUGGAGGUAUAUUGA